AAUGCAAUAAUUACAAAAAGAGGAAAAUAAAGGAAAGAAAACAGAGCCAUCUUAAAUCUUUUAAUCUCUGUUAUUUCUUAUUGCCACAUCUAUAAUAGAAUCAAAUUAUAUUGAUCAGGAAUGUAAUUAGAACUUAUCCUCGUUUAUACAUUUAGUAUUCUAUGGAUUUAUAUGUUUUACAAUAACAAUGUUAACCAGCGCCAUACCUAGGUUAAUUAUUUUAUUUAUUUUUUGAAUAGGUCUGAAAAUAAAAUGAUAGACAUUAUAUUUGCGAUCUUGAGUCUUUGUUUUUAUAUUUACUAAUUUAGUUUGUGGAUUUAUGCACUUACGUUGUAUUCAUCAGAAAAUGAUUGUUAAAAUAAAGCUCCUGUGCUUUAUUUCUUUUUAGAAAUGUAUGUAGUGGUAUGACAUAAUUAUAAAUUAGUAUUAUGCAGCAAUUUUAGGAAUUAUUAUUUUUGCUAUUAUUUUCUUUUCUGUUAAGGCAUUGUUAGAAAAUUGCUUUAAAUCAAAGAAAAAUAUAUACUUAGAAACAUGA